AUGGAUUCUUUAAGGUUAAGGGGACCUCCACGUCCUCCCCUCCCUUCUCACCAACCAGACACCGAAGCCAUCAAACGUAAUCACCUCGAAAAUGGCGUCUCUUCAACCCCUAAAAUGGUUCACACCCUCCGCAAGAAACAGGUUCAAAGAUCGAACCGCCGCCGCUCUCCACCCGACCAAUCCCCAGAAGAAGUACAAGAAGAAGAAGUUCAUUUUCAGACCCUAAAGGCUGAAUUCAAAACCUUUAACAGGGCUAUCGUUAAAGCCACCAAAAGUAAACAAGAUAUGGACAUAGACCACAGUGUCAUUUCGUCGUCGUUGGUGGGGAAGCCGUGGGAGAGGUUGGAAAGAGCUGAAUUGAUGGAGUAUGCGAGUGCUAAUAACGAGUUUGUUGGUGGGGAAAAUUUGAAGUAUGAGCACUUGGAUGAAUUAAGCGAGUUUAUUGAGAAGGAGCGUGAUAAAUUCAAAUGGAUUUUGGAGGAUGACGUGGAAUUGGAAUAUGGAUUGCUUGAGAAGAAGAGUGAUAGUUGGGUACCUCCCAAGAGGAAAGUUAGCGACGGUGAAGCAAUUCGGUUUCUUGUUGAUAGGCUUAGCGGAACAGAGCCAAGUAUGAAGAACUGGAAGUUUUCUAGGAUGAUGAAGCAGUCGGGGUUGCAGUUCACAGAAGAUCAAUUGUUGAAAAUUGUGGGUGGACUUGGCGAUAAAGGUCAAUGGAGGCAUGCUUUAUCUGUUGUGAAGUGGGUGUACAGCUCUAAGGAGCAUAGGCACUUUAAGAGCAGGUUUGUGUACACAAAACUCUUGGCAGUUUUGGGAAAAGCAAGAAGAAGCCAUGAAGCCCUUCAAAUUUUCAAUUUGAUGCGUGCUGAUCACCACAUAUAUCCUGAUAUGGCUGCAUACCACUGCAUUGCUAUUGCACUCGGCCAGUCUGGUCUUCUAAAGGAACUGGUGAACGUAAUUGAUUGCAUGAAGCAGGAACCUUCAAAUACUAUCAAGAAAAUGCGACGCAAAAACUGGGAUCCUGUUGUCCUGCCAGACUUGGUCGUAUAUAAUGCUGUGCUGAAUGCUUGUACAUUGUCUGGUGAGUGGAAGGGAGUAUCGUGGGUGUUUGAGGAGUUGAGAAGAAGUGGUCUGAAACCCAAUGGAGCAACUUACGGACUUGCAAUGGAGGUGAUGAUGGCAUCUGGAAAGUAUGAACUUGUGCAUGAAUACUUUGAGAAGAUGAAGAAAAGUGGGAAUGCUCCCAAAGCCCUUACUUAUAAAGUGCUGGUCAAGGCCUUCUCGAAAGAAGGUAAAGUCAAUGAAGCAGUGGAAGCAGUCAGGGAUAUGGAACAGAAGGGUGUUGUUGGAGAAGCAUCUGUAUACUGUGAGCUAGCAUUCUGCCUUUGCUUCAAUGGGAUGUGGCAAGAAGCUAUUUUAGAGAUUAGGAAGAUGAAAAGACUUCAUCUAACUAGACCUUUGGUGGUUACCUUCACCGGCCUGAUAGUGUCUUCAUUGGACGGAGGGCAUAUUGGUAACUGUAUACGAAUCUUUAAUGUCAGUAAAGAGCAUUGUGCUCCGGACAUUGGGAUUAUAAAUGCGAUGUUAAAAGUUUACGGGCGUAAUGAUAUGUUUUUUGAAGCCAAGGAGUUAUUUGAGGAUACAAAGAGAUGUAAUGGUCAUAACAUAAGCCUGGGUCGUGAUGGUCCUUUUGUUAGCCCGGAUGCAUACACUUAUGGUGAAAUGCUGAGAGUAUCUGCUAGCGCUCAUCAAUGGGAGUAUUUUGACUAUGUGUACAAGGAAAUGAUUUUUUCGGGGUAUCAGCUUGAUCAAAAGAAGCAUGCAUUUUUGCUUGUUGAAGCUUCCCGGGCUGGAAAGACCCAUUUACUGGAGCAUGCGUUUGACGUAAUGCUGGAAGGAGGUGAAAUACCCCCAUCAUCAUUCUUCGUUGAAAUAAUAUGCCGAGCGAUGAUCCAAGAUGAUUUUGAUCGAGCUAUAACCAUUCUUAACAGCAUGGCUCAUGCCCCAUUCCUGGUUCGAGAAAAGGAAUGGAGGGGUCUGUUUGAGGAAUACAAAGGUAAAAUCACUCGGUCUCAUUUGCGAAAACUUCUUGACAAGAUUGGUUCUCAUGAUAUAGCAAUGGAAGCUUCAGCCUAUAAGUUAUCACGACUAUUGCAAUCACUUUGUGGAUCAAAGUCAAAUAACGCAAAUGAGAGUGUGGAUGAUUUACAAGAAUCAGCAUCAUCAUCUUGUGAUGUUAAAUUACACAGCAUAAUGGAACAUUAUGCGGAUGAGUUGGAAUCUGUUGAUGAAAGGCCAAAGUCAAGGGAUUACGAUGAUUAUGAUUCAGAGAAUGAUUUGUUGGGUGGUGAAUUAGGGCAAGUGGAUGAAUCAAAGAGACACAAGUUACCAUCAGCGGAUGGGAUACUGGAAAAUUGGAAGGAAAGCAUGAUGAAAGAUGGCAUUUUUUUGCCUUUUCAGACUGGCAUCAAGUGAUUCCAGAUCAGUUUUUAGGCUUAAUUUAUAUGCAUGAUAAUAAAUAAAUCAUCAACUGAAGAUCGAAUUUUGAUAAUGAGUGCUUUAUUUUAAAGCAAAUUUUGGUAU